AUCUGCGGAAGCGGAAAGGCGCCAAUGAAGCCUUCGGCUGCAUCGGCGGGGGCGGAGCUAAACUGUCAGCCACACCCCUCUCUGUGACUCUACCUUUGGGCUCCUCGCGUUUUAAUGGGAUGGUGUCCCCACGGGAUCAAAUUUCAGCGUCACAGCUCGGGACUGGCUUCGCGGUCCCCGAUGGGAGAGCAUGAGCAGGUGCAACCCUCUUCUGGCUGGUCUACCCCUGGACCCUGAGUACUCCGUGCCUUGCUACCGCUCACUUCCCUCAUCCUCCAACGUGUGUUCUCCUGCUCACAAGAAGUGUGAUAAGUGCUGUGGUUCGUGUUCGCCUGCUCACAAGAAGUGUGACAAGUGCUGUGGUUCAUGUUCGCCUGCUCACAAGAAGUGUGACAAGUGCUGUGGUUCGUGUUCGCCUGCUCACAAGAAGUGUGACAAGUGCUGUGGUUCGUGUUCGCCUGCUCACAAGAAGUGUGACAAGUGCUGUGGCACUUCCUCAGAAAAGACCUCGGAAUAUACAUUUCACUGGUCCAAGAACCCAGAGCCAGAGACCUCACAGCCGACUGCACCUGAAAACACAGUGACAGCUGAAGCCUGGAGGCCAGGGAGAGACACAGGGUGUCAGUCACAUGGGUCUCCCUCCACCCCUUGCUCAGACUCACAGGAGCCGUGUAAUGACCAGGAUCUUCCGAAGAGCCAUAACAGCAACACUAAGACGUUGUUGAUGCCGUUUGCCCCUAAAGAAGAGGGCCAUUACCUGAGUCCAAGCCGGAGUGAGGGCUCUGAAGCUGUGUGUUCUCAGGGGCACCCCCCAUGCCUGCCACAAAGAUGCACUUCUGAGCGUGUUCAGGCUGGGGCAGAGAAGCCCUUGGAGACCAGCUGUUCCAAAACCAAAGUUAAGUCCACCACAAUGAUUCCUGACUGCCAGAAGCUUCUGAGAUGUGAACUGGAGUCACUCAAGUGUCAGUUACAGGCCCAGACCAAGGCUUUCGAGUUCCUAAACCACUCAGUGACCCUGUUGGAGAAGGAGAGCUGCCUGCAGCAAAUCAAGAUCCAACAGCUGGAAGAGGUGCUGGGCCCCGCGAGCCACCAGGGAGACAAGGAGGGGCACAAGUGGGAUGUGGUGGAGGGACGGCAGGAGCUGUAUGAGGCCCUGGCUCAAGGCCUUCAGGGGCUGCAGAAGACCCUGCAUGACAACGAGGAGGUGCAGUGGGCCCGCACCACCCGCUGCCUGCAGCUGCUGGCCCAGGAGAUCCGGGACAGCAAGAAGUUCCUAUGGGAGGAGCUGGAGCUGGUACGAGAGGAGGUGACCUUCAUUUAUCAGAAACUCCAGGCACAGGAACAGGAGAUCACGGAGAACCUGGUGAACAUCCAGAAGAUGCAGAAGACACAGGUGAAGUGCCGCAAGGUCCUGACCAAGAUGAAGCAGCAAGGGUACGAGACAGCCAACUGGCUAGAGACUGAGGAGUUGCCACCAGGAUGCAGUGGUUCCUGGAGGGAUAACCUCCAAAAGGAGCUGGGUGACAUAUGGUCCGCUGUGCAUGUGCUGCAGAACUCCUUUGAUGGCCUCGCCAUAUCCUCAGGGGGCCGCCCCAGGGCCGCAAACCUCAGGGGCUAUAAGGGACACAGAUGCCUGAGCCCUCCUCUCCCCUGCUGGGACUCGGACUCAGACACGGACCAGGGCCCUCCCCAGCUACUGCUCAGCAAGAGCCACAGCUCCUUCCCACCUGCCUGAGCAGCUGGGACUGCUCUCCCUUGAAGACUCCUCCAGAAAGAAAAUAAACUAGCUGAGACCCUCCUCCGCCUGUGAACUGUUGCUCCUGCUUCUUCCUGGGCCUGCGAGUGACCCCUUCAAUUUACUACCC